AUGAACGUCCUCGUGUACCUGGGCCGGGGUACCACCCCAGAGCUGGUGAAACAUGCAGUGGAGUCACUUAGGCUCCAUCUUCUGCCUCACUACGCUGUAGUGACAGUCUCGGAGAAUGCACUAUUAAAUGACCCCUGGCAGUACAAAACACUGAUGCUAGUUAUUCCAGGCGGUGCUGAUUUGCCUUACUGCGAUGCCUUGAAUGGAGAAGGCAACGGAAAAAUCUCCCAGUUUGUGAGGAAAGGGGGCAGAUACCUAGGCUUCUGUGCGGGUGGAUAUUAUGCUGCUAAAAGGUGUGAAUUUGAAGAAGGCGAUCCUGUGAUGGAGGUGAGCGGAUCAAGGGAAUUGGCGUUCUUUCCUAGCACCGCUCGUGGAUGUGUCUACAAGGGCUUCGACUACGAGUCUCAUUCAGGCAGUAAAGCUGUCACAAUGGAGGUGAACACUGAUGCUUUGCCUCUGAGCCCGCUGAAGGUCGUGGUAUACUACAAUGGUGGUGGUUUGUUUGUGGAUGCGUCGAAGCAGCGGAAUGUGGAGAUAUUGGCUCGAUACUCAGAGCCAAAGGCGGACAUCCAAGAUAACGACAUGGCCGCUGCUGUGUAUUGUAAAGUUGGCAAGGGGUGCAGUGUGCUUUUUGGAACCCACCCGAAUUCUCUCCAGCUCUCAUGCGUGCGGAAUCUUUGGAUGACCACUUUGACCAGGUCAUUUCUCAGAUCAAACCCAAUGACCGUGAGAGAAAGCUCUUUUUGA